AUGAUAAUAGAACUGGGGUGUAAAGAAUUAUCAUUAUCUUCAUUGUGUAAUAUUAACUUCUACUAUAAUCGAGCAGUUUCUGUUCUACAACAGUUUUCUCGGAGUUUCCCUCCUACGGAUAUUUUAACGAAUGACAGAAUGUUGAACUUGGUCUUUUCAAAUGUACAGUUUGCAAGUUCAAAGAUGACUUUAGGACAAUAUUACAGACUAAUCCUGUGUCUAAUGGGAUGCAAUGCCUGUGGGGAGCAAGUUUCAUUAAACCUGGUAACAGAUAAUAUUACGAUUGGACAAGAUGUUGUACUAACUUGUACUGUCCAUGGAAUACAAACGAUUGAUAGAAAAACAACCAGACAGUGGUCCAUGGGAGACGAUGACGAACUUAUAUGUUACAAUGGCCGAAUAAAUAAUCUUAGAAAGUAUGACGAGAAAAUACUUUUUGGAAAUGAAUUCUGUCUUACAAUAUUUAAUAUUACAGAAGCGGACCUCAACGUAGUUUAUCAAUGUCGCUAUGGAUUCGAUGCAGCAAGUAAAUUAAUUGAGGCAGAUAAACCCACAUCAAUGUUAUCAUUAAGAUUGGUAACCGAGAUCAUUAUAUUCGGAGGAAAUAUGAUAUUGACAUGCACUGUAAAAGGGAUCAGCGCACUAGACAGAGACGUAACUAGGCAAUGGUCUAUGGGAAAUGAAGACCAUCUUUUAAGUUACAAUGGCAGAAUAAAUAAUCAUAAAAAGUAUAAAGAAACUAUUCUUCAUGGGAAUGCAUUCAGUCUUAAAAUAUCAAAUGUAACAGUUCAAGAUGUAAAUGCAACUUAUCGAUGUCGAUAUGGUUUCGAUACAGCCACAUACUUCAUCAAAAUAAGCGAAAGUGCAAGUCUACAAACAGGAGGCCAAUUUUAUCAUUCUUCAAAUAUACCAAGUCGAAAUACAGAAACACAAGCAGACAAAGGAAAUUUAACACGUAAUGAUACAAUAUCCUUUACGGAAACAAAGAACAAGAACAAAACAAAUGACAAAAACAUACCAGAAGAUGAACCAUGUUUGCUAUAG